CAAAUAGCCAUGUUCGCCCGCUCAGCCACAAGGAACGCCACCGCUGCCCUCCGCACCGCCCAGGCCCCGGUCGGCGUCAGGUUCUACAACUCUGCCUUCCAGUCUGCCAAGCCUACUUCUGCCUUCUCUGCCCAGAAGAACGCCAAUGUAGGUUGAAUCGGCCAUUCACCCUCUCGACGAACGAAUGAUGGGUUCCGAGUUUCGCGCGCUGACACGCGGAAUACAAAAGGGCAACUACACCGUCACUUUGAUCCCUGGUGAUGGUAUUGGACCCGAGAUUGCGAACAGUGUCAAGCAAAUCUUUGCCGCGGCCAAGGCUCCUAUUGAGUGGGAAGAGGUCGACGUGACACCUAUUCUCCAAAAUGGCAAGACUGUCAUUCCCGAGGAUGCUGUUAAGAGCAUCAAGAAGAACACGGUUGCCUUGAAGGGACCUUUGGCUACUCCCAUCGGCAAGGGUCACGUCUCCCUUAACCUUACCCUCCGACGAACCUUCUCCCUUUUCGCCAACGUCCGACCUUGUGUCUCUAUCCAGGGCUACAAGACUGCCUACGACAACGUCAACACCGUCUUGAUCCGUGAAAACACCGAGGGAGAGUACUCUGGUAUCGAGCACGAAAUCGUCGACGGUGUCGUGCAGUCCAUCAAGCUUAUCACGAGGGAGGCUUCCGAGCGUGUGGCCCGAUAUGCGUUCCACUACGCUUCCGAGAACGGACGAAACAAGGUCACCGCUGUGCACAAGGCCAACAUUAUGAAGAUGUCUGACGGUAUGUUCUUGACUGCCUGCCGAGACGUCGCCAAGGAGUACCCCAACAUUCAGUACGACGAGGACCUUUUGGACCGAGUUUGCCUCCGAAUCGCCACCGACCCUACCCCCUUCGCCGACCGAGUCAUGGUCAUGCCCAACUUGUACGGUGACAUUCUCUCCGACUUGUCUGCCGGUCUCAUCGGUGGUCUCGGUUUGACUCCUUCCGGUAACAUUGGUCGUGACGCUUCCAUCUUUGAGGCCGUCCACGGUUCCGCCCCCGACAUCGAGGGUAAGGGCCUCGCCAACCCCACCGCCCUCCUCCUUUCUUCUUUGAUGAUGCUCCGACACAUGGGUCUCUUUGAGCUCGCCGACAAGAUCGAGAAGGCUGCUCUUAGCACCAUCGCCGAAGGCAAGGCUAUCACUAAGGACCUCGGUGGUAACGCCGGGACCAAGGCUUACACCGACGCCAUCCUCUCCAAGCUCUAAAUCUUUCCCAACUCCGCACAUAGAUAAAAAAUCAAAAUGGGAAUAACGGGGAGAAGGAGGAGGAAGAUGUGGAUCUGUCUACAAAACAACGUUUAAGGAACGAGUUGUUGUGAAUAUAAAACCCAUGAGCAAGGUUUUACGAUACUCUUGUAGAAGAUUCAUUCUCAUAGAGGGAUGUCAGCAUUGGACCACGCA